AUGACUCAAUGGGAAAACUAUUUAAAAAGGAUUUAUUUUGAUCCGUCGCAUCCUGCGAGUUUCAGUGGACCACAAAAAUUGUACAAAGUGGUGAAAGAGGAAGGCAAAUUUAACAUUGGUAUGCACAGGAUAAGAAAGUUUCUUCAUGACCAAGAGUCCUACAGUCUGCAUAAACCUGUGAGAAGACGGUUUCAAAGAAAUCAUGUGGUCAGUAGCGGAAAAGACGACCUUUGGAUGGCAGACUUAAUCGAUAUGGUCAAGUUUGAGAAAUGGAACAAAGGAUACAAAUACAUAUUGUUAGUUAUCGAUACAUUCAGCAAGUACGUUUGGCUAAAACCUCUCAAACAGAAAACUGGAAAUGAUGUGACAGAGGCGUUUAAAGACAUCUUCACACAUUCAGGCCGUAUGCCAAAGAGAUUGAUAACUGACAAAGGUCAGAAGUUCAGAGCCAAAUCAGUACAAGAUCUGAUGAAAAAGUACAAUGUCUUAUACUCACCAACACAGAACGAGACUAAGGCGAGCACGAGUGAACGUGCAGUAUUUAGCAUAAAAUCAAAAAUAAUGCGCUACCUAGCAUACAAGGAUAACUACACAUAUCUACCUAGUUUAUCAUAAUUUUCAAAGUCAUACAAUACCACAUACCAUAGAACAAUUGGAACAACACCGGCCAGUGUAAAAGACGCUAAUUAGGAAGAAGUGAGAUUAGCCACAUAUUUUGCACAAAAUCCGAGGAAA